AUGGCCUUUUCAGAGAAAGAUGCUACACCGGCGUAUUCGCCCAUACAAGACGACCAGUCCUCUGACUCUGCCAGGGAGUCAGAUGAGCUCCUGCAUAAUGGCUAUCCCACAGCAAGACCUCACAGGGCCUCACGCAGGAGGCAAGCCUUCAUCGUCAUCGGUGGCCUUGUCGCUUUACUUGCGUACUCGAUCCUCCUAACUACAGCCACUUCGAUGUGGUGGAAGAAGCAACAGAUUCACGGCGCCAACGUGAUCGAUACUCCGAUAAGAGGAUACGUCGAGUAUGAGCCAACCUAUUUUAAAAUGACCGAGACAUCAAAGGACUACGGGUUGGUUGGACAGCCGAGCGAGGAGCUCGACAAGAAUUGGAGCAAGAUCAUGCAAUAUUUCUACGCAGAAAUACCAAAGGAGUACAUGCAAAAACUCGGACGCGAGCAAGAGGGUAUCCGCUUGCCCAACGGGAAUUACCUAGCCAAUUACGCUUUUAUCCAUCAAUUACACUGUUUGAAACGUCUAUACCAGUCGUACUUCCCUGACUAUUACUGGCCUGAUAUGACAGAGGAGGAGACAGAGCUACAGCACGAACACAGCCUGCACUGCCUGCAGAUGCUUGUCGAGCAGGUCAUGUGCAAAGCUGACGAAACACCUCUCACCAUGUAUUGGUUCAACGAAAGUAUCCUUCCCGGUGGUAACCGGACCAUCGCGCAUGAGUGUGUCAACUGGGAUCGGCUACUGGAAGGCAUGGAAAUAAACAAGGUCGAUCCGUUCACACCGGGCCUGCUUGUGCAUCCGAAAUUUGGUCCUGUUCUGCCGAAUGGUAGGCAGACACACCUGGACAACAGGAUUGGGUACGUCAAGCACGCGACCCCUCUUGAUAGGACCCAGUGGCCAUAG